ACCGGUUGACAGUAUAGGUUUUCUUUUACUCAUUAUUUAGAAAUGGCCGCUCCCAGUACGAGCUGAGACUUGUGGUCAUAUUUUUCGAAAUUUUCAAUUUUCUUCAACAUUUGUCAUUAGGAAUUAUUGUAUCGUUUUCAAAAUGGGUAAACACAUGUGUGCCAUUGCAGUGUCUGUUUUUUUCAUGAUUUCAGCUUUAGCUUUGACUUUAAUCAGCAUAUAUUUCGAUUAUUGGUAUGAAGUUGAUGCUGGAAAUAAUAGCAAUACAACGAUCAAAAAUACAUUUUCCUAUCGAUAUGGAAUGUGGAGGAAGUGUUAUCUUUACGAAACACCGUCGGCCGAAGAAAGAGUGAGAUAUGAGAACUGUGUGUAUACAUACGAAGAUUUGAUUCCAAGGAAAGCUCCAGAGGAUUCCGAUGGUAUUAGAUACCUUCAUCUAGAGAGAUCAUGGGUUGGAUUAUUAAUAACAUGUGGAGCAAUACAGAUAUUUGCAGUCUUAACAAUGAUUUGUGGAUUGUGGCCAUGUAGAAAGAACCCAAAGAGGUCAUCUAUAUAUUUAGCCAGUGCUAUAAUGUUCUUGUUAGCAGCAAUGGCAGGUGUAGCAAGUAACGUGUGUUUCAUGGCAUUACGAGAUUUAGAUGAGAAUAAAAACUAUCUUUAUCCUGCAAACACAGAGAUAAAAUAUGACUGGACAUUCAUGACGUCGUGGAUUGGAACUGGACUUUGCUUUAUUUUAGCCUUUAUGUAUAUAUGUCUAUUAUGUGUGGACUAUGAUGAUGUCAAUGAAACAGGCAAAUAUUCCACAUUCUCAGAAUAGAUCUCGCCUCACGGUUCGGCAAAGUAUAACCAGUACUUGUAAUACUCUAUGUGGAUAUAAGGAGAGUGUUCAUGUCCACAGAAUAUUUACUUACUUAAAUGUGAAUCUCGAUAAUUGUUGAUGUCAAAAAGCAUUCAUUUUUAAAUCACAUUGUAUAUCAAUGCUAAAAACAAUUGUAUCCUGUAAUUUUACCUUUUAAAAUUUUCGUUUUCGGUAUGCGUGCAAUUUGCAUGACUUGUAUGUGCAGUAAAAUGUAUAUACGUUUUAAAAUUGGUUUUUAACUUGAGGUCAUAAAAUAUAAGCGGUGUCGGGUGUCAACAAAAUACUGUAUUACAGAAGUGAUUUAUUAACAUUUUUAUAACUGUACCAUUACGACAACGUGUAUGAAUUUCUAAGAUCAACCGGAUGAAACACCACAACCGCCAAAGAAUCCGUGCAGCUGGGCAACCAACAAUGGAUAUACAAAUAUUUAUAUCUAACAUUUCACAGGAGUUUAUUACUUGACCAAAGACUAAUUAAACAGUAUUAUCUUACAUUUUUUACUUUGUAGACAUUUUAAACGAAGACAUUAUAGGGUCCAUUGUAAAAUAAAUAAAAACAACUAAGAUUGUCGCAGUGAUCUAAAUAACACGGUAUACAAUUAUUUGAACUGUCACUGGGAACUGAUUUACAUGUUUGACCUGUAAUAUCUUUAAUUUUUGAUAGGAAGGAUAGAUGAUAAAACAUUUUUGCCUUUGGAAAUUGAGAUUUGUAUUAUUAUGAAAUUAUAUACAAUUGCCACCAACCUGAUUUUACAAUAUAUUUUACACGCAUAUCGUUAUAAAAAUUGUGUACUUUUAAAAAGAUUUGUUUAGUGUAUUGAUAACUUAUAUAAUGAGGCGGUGGAAAAUCAGGGGUAGGCUUUGGAGAAAACCGGCGUAGGCGGUGGAGACAAACUGGGGUAGGAGUUUUCGAAGUCAUGCUAUUGAAAUAACAUCGCUCUUUUAGUCCGCCUAUCAUUUGCAUAUUAAAUAGAAUAUAAUAAAACAUGCACGCGAGUUCAAAGAUAAACCUUUCUGACAGAAAACAGCAUUGUCAUGAAAUCCAAUAAUGUCGCUAAUUCAAAUAAGAUUUACCUAAAUGUAUUUUAUUUUAUUUUUAAAGUAAUGUGCGAGGCAAUAUACAUAUAUACAUAUAUACAUGUGAAAAUGUUUGAUUUUGUUUAUCAUAUAUGCACUAAUUUUACUUUAUAUAUAUUUUCAUUAAAAGUAAAUAAAAGUGUAAAUCUUA